AUGGAGCGCAUCUCGAGAGAUUCUAGGUCUGUCAAGCUUGGUCCUGCAGAUUGCGAUUCUCGGAACGGCUAUCUCUGGUGGACCUGUACUUUUACAACACCAUCCUACAGCGGUUGCUGCCGUGUCGACCCUUGCCAGCAGAUUCCAGUUGGCUGUCCAGCUUCCGCUGAGCAGCCCGUGACGACCGCUCCUGCAACUGUGACGAAGGCAUUUUCCUCCUCGACCACCACCACCGAAGAGCCGUCAACGAGCUCAAAGCCCACCGGGGACAUCUCUGCAGACUCCUCUCUGCUACCCAGCACGGCUUCACCCACCAUCUCGUCCACAUCGAGUCCCGACGGCGACAAUAGCGGCCAUGGGAUAACCAUAUCGGUUAGCGCCCUCGCUGGGAUCGUAGUCGGUUGUACUAUCGCCGCCAUUUUCGUGGCACUUUCGCUGUUCAUGUGGUGGGCUCGACGGAAAAGGGAGAAGCGCGAAAAGAAGGAGCUCGCGCGACUCGACUCUUCUAGAUCGCCCGGCGACGAGCGUGUGCCUCCGGGGCUGGAGUCGGUCUUCAAUCCUAUGUCUCAAGCCGGUCCUGGAAGUGUGUUUGAUCGUGCUGAAGGUAUGCUGCCGAAUUCUCUGGAAGCCCAUGUCGGCCACGGACAUCCUGACCCGGAUUUCACCCACCUAGGCCGAAUGUCAAAAGCAGUGAGCAUGAUAGGUAGCCACCUUAGUGGUGGUGGUUACAGCAGCUGGACGAACUCCCUCACCCCAGCUACCACAAUGGUCACGGGUCCUGGCUAUAUGCCUGGGGGACCAGUCCUUACGCCCAGCCCUUCAGAGCUCGACGGAACCCCUGUCUACGUCACACAUGGAGGGACGCCAGAACCGCUGAGGGGACCAACUGAACUCGAAUGCCCUGGGCAAUCCGUGUUGCGCUACGAGGAAGGAUAUGAAACAAGGGCGACUCUGAAUUCAACGGAGGAGGAGAGACAAUCGGGCACGUAUGCGAAUAGCUGGACAAGAUUUCAAAACAUUCAGGUUUGA